CAAUAUAAGUUGCAUUAAGUGCUAAACAGUUCGGGGUUCUUCAUUAAGUACAGCUGAAAUUCAAAAAUGAUGCGGACAGCCUAAAACGUGGCACUCGCCCAUUUCCUGGUUGAGGGGUAAUUAGACAAAUAAACCACAAUUCGACACGCAUAUCGCAAAGGAGAAUAAAUUGCCAUUCUUUGUACACAACUGGUUUCAUCAACAUGGCAUUUCGUCUAACACUCCUGCCAUCCAAGUAUCUAAUGCUCCUUGCUCUGCUUUUGGGUGGAACAAUCAUAUCCUAUAAAUGUCACAAGGAUAUGCAGCAGGCAAUCAGAUUUGUCAUGCAAUACAAUGUGAUGGUGUUGCAGUCCACAGCCUCAACGGACCGUAAGAAUGUGCCAAGUCCUCUGGGUGAUGUGCUAACAAUGGAACCCCUGCCAGUUGCCGGACGCAGUAUAUUCUUCAUCGAGACGAGCGGCGUUCUAAAGCCUAGAAAAGAGGUUGUAAAAAACCUGCUGCAGUUGACAGCUCGACAGGCAUGUGCCAUUGAAUCAGCCGCUAGGCAUAAUCCCAAUCUUAUGGUUUUCGUACUAUUUGCCACACCCACCUAUCGACAGAAAGAAGAGAAGCUGCCCCUAAUCGAUGCCAUACGAAGCUAUGGCAACGUUCAGCUGCGUCAAUUAAAUAUUAGACGCUAUGCUUUGCGCACACCAAUUAAUGAAUGGGUCAAACAUGGUGAGCUCUUUAGCUCGAGAUAUCUGGUCAGUCACAUAUCGGAUCUACUACGUUUUGUAACCCUUUAUCGCUUUGGCGGCAUCUAUCUGGACAUGGACGUGGUGGUGCUGCGCAGCCUGGAGGAUGUGUCGCUUAACUAUGCAGGACCGGAAUCCGAAACGCAUUUAGCUGCUGGAGUAAUGGGUAUGGCUCCUUUCGGAUUUGGUCACGAAAUUGCCGAGGCCUGUCUGCGUGACUUUCAGCAGAAUUUCGAUGGUCAGAAGUGGGGCAACAAUGGACCGGGUGUCAUCACACGUGUGGCACAAAAGAUAUGUGCCACCAAGAACAUCUCGCUGAUGCUGGCGGACCGCAAACGUUGCCUCGGCUUUAGGGUGUUCGAGCGCAAUGCAUUCUAUGCUGUGCCCCGGAAGCAUUGGCGGCACUUCUUUGAGCCGAAAUAUUUGGAAGAGACUCUGGAACUCACAAGGGACUCGUAUUUGGUGCAUAUGUGGAACAAGCAUUCCAAGCAGCUGCCCAUUAAGGUGGGAUCGAGCACAGCCUAUGGGAAAUAUGCGGAGCAGCAUUGCCCCAAAACGUAUGCGGCAGCUGGUCAAUAUUUCUAGGGUGCAAUUAAAUAUUUUAAGGGAAUUUGAUUCACCAUCCAUCCAUAGCUAA